AUGAAACAUCAAACUGAUACUAGUGGCAAUAGGGAAAAACUUCCUACAAAAAUCACCAAUGAAACGUUUGUUACUAUGGACACAAAAAAUGUAAAUGAAGGCCUAAUAACUGCUUGUCUUGGUAUUCCACAAACGAUCAGUGAAGCGGUUGAUAUAAUAAAAAAUGUAGACGGUGAAAAUAAAAGAACUCAUGUAAUAACCGCUUGUUCUCGUUGUCAGAAACGUCACAUAAGGUGCGACAACCGAAAGCCUUCAUGCCAAAACUGUGAAGAAAAGGGUCAUUACUGUAUUCGUAUCCCGCCGAGAAUUUCGCGUGGACGUCCCCGAGGUGUACUUAAUAGACAGGAAAAAUACCUCAAAAAAAAUACAAACAAUGGAGUUGAGAAGAAAACUAGAAAACCUAGGAAAAAACGAUUGAACAAAUCUAAAAAUGCCAAAUUUAACAAUACCAUAAAAGAAUUACUCAAUCUUGAAUGUGUUGAUGUUGACAGAAAUAAUAAUAAUGAUCCAUCAAGUUUUGAUUUUUAUAAUGAAUUGACACCCUCCUCAUAUUUUCAAAGUACAUUACCAACACCUUCAUAUUCGUUCACAUCUUUGCAUGAUACUUACGACAUUAACAAUAACAAUACUGUAUAUAGAAGUAGCAACUUGACUGAUUCACCAAUUCAAACCCCGUUUAGCUUUUUUUACACCUCCAAACGAUACAAUGCACACCAACUUCAAAUUCCAAUUACACCUGAAAACAUUAGUGAUUUUGUGCUUGGUUCUAAUGCGUUAACUACAAAUGUUGAUCUUGAGAUAGUUAAUGAUAACUAUGGAGGUGAAGUGGAUCCAAUACAAUUCCAUCAUUUGUUAAUGAGCGGUUCGUUAGAUUCAUUCAAUUGUUCUACACCAAUGAAUGAACAAUAUGUGGAUUACUUGAAAACAGCAUCUAUCUCAAAUGCAAAUAUAGCAAAUGUUGAUCUCCUCAAACCUGCAGACUUUCAAGCUGGUACAUUGAAUGAAUUUGUUAGAAAAAAUGUGGUAAUAGAAGCUAUAUGGCUAUGA